GGAAGCUCCAGACUCCAUACAAAAAGUCGUUCAAGCUUUGGUUGUCUGAUACGAGUCCGGACUCCGUAACACCGUCUCGAGUUGCUCGUCUGGCGUAGACGACGGCCUCGUUUUGGUUUUGUUUCAUCUUUUGCAUUGAAUUUGUUCUUCUCGGGAGCUUAGCAACCCAAAAAAGAAACGAAAACACAACAAUCUUGUCAUCCCUCCCUGCUCUCCCUCUCUCUCUCCCUCCCUCCCUACCUGAUCUGAUCUAGCCAGCAUCUCCCUUCCACAGCCAUGUCGUACUUUGUCAGCCCCGAAUUCGCACGGGUGGUCGUCUUGGGAUCCAUCACGAGCCUUCACAUGACAUGGCGACGCCUGGUCAACGAGCUCGUCCCACGCCCGUACCUGGACGAGGUGUUCCACGUCCCUCAAGCCCGGGCGUACUGGUCGGGGGAAUGGGGACGGUGGGAUCCCAAAAUCACCACGCCCCCCGGGCUGUACGUGUUUUCCUACCUCGUCAACUCGACCCGGGAUUUUUUCUACCACAACUUCAAACCUUCAAUCAACGAGUGGAGGUCCAUCAACGUCUUCCUCCAGUACCUACUCAUCUUCGCCCUCUACGUCCUCGCCGCCGUGACCAGAAAACCCGUCGACCACCACAGCGUGCUCCAGCGAGAGUUCAGCAUCGUCGUUUUCCCCCUCUUCUUCUUCUUUUCGGCCUUGUACUAUACCGACCUGUUCAGCGUUUUUACCGUCCUGGUCGCCCACAUCUUCUGGUCCGCGUCCGUUUCCGCCGAGGGCCGACGACGGAAAGUCCUCUAUCAAUUCCUACACUUGGUCACCGGUCUGGUCUCGUUGUCCAGCAGGCAAACCAACAUCUUUUGGGUCGCCGUGUACCUUGGGGGCCUGCAGGUGAUAGAGAGCGUCAAACGUCACAUCGGAGCCCCCAAGGUUCACGAUCCUCCCAUGUCCGAAGCGUUUUUUGAAGACUUCCCCAUCACGAGCAUAUCGAUAGCUCAAUCCGCCAUCACCAUGAUCGCCGACCUCAUUUUGGAUCUAUGGCCUCACAUCUCCCUCCUUCUCGGCUUCGCGGCCUUUGUCAUCUGGAACGGAGGCGUCGUCCUGGGCGACAAGGACAACCACGUGGCCACCGUCCACCUGCCCCAGAUGCUCUACGUAUGGCCGUUCAUCGUCUUUUUUUCCUGGCCCGUCCUCCUCCCCCAACUGUGCAACCUGACCCAGUUCCGCCGUCGGCGGCUCCCCCGACCGAGCACCGCCCUCGCCUUUUUCGUCGUCGCCAUCGCCGUCGUCAACCUCAACACCGUCGUCCACCCCUUCACCCUGGCCGACAACCGACACUAUACCUUUUACGUUUUCCGAAUCCUCCGCUCCCACUGGUCGGUCAGGUACGCCGUCGUCCCUGUCUACUUGGCUUGCGCCUCGCUCGUGCUGGGCGCCCUGGCCGGACCCACCACCUCCUCCUCCACAGACGACCGGCCCUCUCGCGCCGUCCGAAUCCUGCACGGCCAGGACACCGUCUGCGUGAGUUUUACGUUGGUCUGGCUCCUGGCCACGUCCUUGUCCCUCGUGACCGCCCCGCUCGUCGAGCCGAGGUACUUCAUAAUCCCCUGGCUCAUGUGGAGGAUGGCCGUGCCAGAGUACAUGCCCAGUCCCGACAUGUUGAGCACGGUCAAGCUAGACGGGGACGACAAGGACGCCACAAAAGACGACGACAAGAAAAACGAAAAGAGUGUACCCAGACCAUCAUCCUCGCCGUUUCAACGGUUGUUGAGAAUUGCUGCCGCCUAUUCUAUCUGGUUGGAAUUGAUUUGGUAUAUGCUCAUCAACCUAGUCACGUGCUACGUGUUCCUGUACAAGGGCUUCGAAUGGCCGCAGGAGCCUGGAAACGUACAGAGAUUCAUGUGGUAGAAUACGAGGGAAAUUCUCGUUCCGAGUAUAUAUUUACUUGGCCAUUGGCAUUUUGGAUUUCAGCGUUUGUCGCAGGCGGGGAUCCAAGUGUGCGAAUCAUCCUCUUGAACAUCCAUCACUUAAUACGGCAGAUUUUCGGACUGUCCAAAAGAAACAUUCUGCCAUCAUCUUCGCGUCAUUGCAAUGUACUCGCAUUUGACCUGGCUUCGAGAACUCUCUCAAGUCACCUAUCCCGUAGAUACGCAAUACGUGACAUGACAUGCAAAGGCAGGAACCGAGUCGCACUGCGAUGCGAGUACUCCCGAAGAUAAAGAUACUGGGCAGAUCAAACACCGCC